AUGCAACGAAAACAUCAACGCAUAUUAGAAGCUAAACUUAUGCGAAUGUUACAUCAUGAUAAUAUUGAACCAGGUCCAAAAUUAGCUCAAGAGAAUAAACGUGAAUUCACUGACGAACAAUUACGUGAAGGUGCGAAUGUAAUUAGUCUACAAUAUGGUACAAACAAAGGCGCUUCACAAGCUGGCAUGACAAUGGGCAAACAAAGAAUGAUUCUUGAUUAA